AAUGGUUUGUUGUGGUCGGGACUGCAGCAGAAUAAUUCGCCUUUUUAAUCAUGUAACUUAAUACAUACGACAUUAUCGUAAUAUUUACAGCUUUGUCAACAUUUAUCUAAUCAUCAGAACGACGCGUUACAUCAAAUUGUGUCGAUAAUUCAGACGAAAACACAACAACAAGCGAAACGGUGUUUUCUGUUUACGUCAAUGACUGCCAACGUUAGUCGCUAAAGAAACGAGGAGGAAGUCAUGCUGCGGUGGAUUCUCGGUGGUCGGGAGGCUCAGAGCUCCGUGGAGAAAAGCCCCGUGUUGUGCAUUGGAGAGGAACAGCCCAAAAACUGGUUCACUGAGCUGCAGGUGCUGAAAGGACAUUUUGACAUUGUUCGAUUUCUGGUGCAGAUUGAUGACUUCAGAUGUGCCUCAGCGGGGGACGAUGGCCUGGUUUUGGUGUGGAAUGUGGAGACCGGCGAGAGGCUGCAGGAGCUGAGGGGACAUUCCCAGCAAAUAACAGCCAUGACCACCUUCACCUGUGAUAACGGACUCAUGUCGCACACUUCGCUCAUCACUGCCUCCUCAGACCGAAGUCUCAGCUUGUGGGACCCUGAUACAGGCAACAGGGUUCAGACCAUUUCAGAUCUGCAGUCAUCUGUAAAGUGUUUGCUGGUGCUGGAGCGGUUAUGUGUGUGGGUCUCCGGCGGGGAGGAACUGUGUGUGUGGAACAAAGACUUUCAGCUUCAGUGUCACAGACAGAACCACAGUGACACCGGAAUUACUGCCUUGAUAGAGCUGCCCAAGAACUGUAUAGCAGCUGCUAUGGAUAAAGAGAUCGUGAUAUACAGGCUGACAGUCUCUACUGAUUCCUCUCUGUCGGUGGCUGAGAUCCGCUGUCUGUCCGACCACCAGGAUCAGAUUCGAGCUCUUAUCAACGUCAACGAUGGACUCUUCGCCAGCGGUUCCCACAUGGGCGAGCUGAUUCUCUGGGACGCGAUUGAUUGGAACAUCCUGGCCUAUGAGCACAUCCUGUGGGAGGAGUCUCAGGCCUGCACCCAGGCUGAAAUACGAAUGGGCGCUCCCAAACCCAGCGAGAUGUCCAUUCAGCAUCUGACCACCAACGGAAAGCUCAUCCUGGCAGCUGUGGGCAGUGGUCUGUAUGUGUACAGCGUUCUGACAAAGACGGUCGUGGCGUACAGGAAGGUCGCCCACGACUCUAACAUCUUACACACCAUGCUGCUAUCUGACAGCGAGCUGAUGUCCUGCUCUGAAGACGGCAGCGUGAGAAUGUGGGAGAUACAAGACCUGCCUUUGCCCGCUGAACCGGCCACUCCAGGGUUCUUUGGGAUGUGGACUUUCGGCCGGUCAAGCAAACAGACCGGUCCUCCGUCGAAGAAGAUCAUAGACGUCCCAAACAUCAGGAUGCUGGAGUUGACGGGUGAUCUGAUCGGACACUCAGGAGCCGUCCAGAUGUUCGUCAGCUUCAAGGAGAACGGGUUGGUGACGUGUUCCACAGAUCACCUGCUGAUCCUGUGGAAGAACGGAGAAAGGCAGUCUCACCUGCGCAGCCUGGCACUUUUCCAAAAACUGGAGGAGAACGGAGGACUCUGACCUUUAACCUUUUGAAUCGCUGCCUUAAGAAAGGAGAGUUUGUUGUCGAUGUUGUUGAUGUUGUUGGUUUGGAUGUUUGUUGCAAAUCAUUUGGAUUUACUGUGAUGAUUGUUUGUUGCCUUAUGAUUUAUGUAAAGAAGUAUUUAAUUUUUAUUUUUCAAACCUAGUAAAUACCUCACCUC